AUGGCAGUUUCGACAAGGGAGGAUGCAGCGAAACUGGGCGUUUGGUGCUUCCACAGCUCCUGGGCUGAAUGCGAGCCCUGGUUCCCUUAUUUGAUACCGCGAGCUUCCUCUUUGCGGAAUGGACGUCUUCUUUGCAGCUUCUACUCCCAUCGUCUUCCGGCUUCAAUGGAACCCUUCAGCGCUGCUUCAUCCGUAGCAGGUCUUAUCAUAGCUGCAGGCAAGAUCUAUAGUCUCCUCGACUUCAUCUCUUCUGUCAAAAACUCCCCGACGACCGUUAGCGAUGCCAAGAACGAAGUCAAACAUGCCCAGUUGGCCCUGUGCUCCCUAAAACGAUAUCUGAACAACCUCGCCUCCCUCAAUCCCACGCGAACGGCCAUGAUCCAGGUUGAUGACUUGAGAGUGACCCUAAGUGAUGCUAUGAUGGCAUUCUCUGACUUUGAGACUCUUCUCCUCACUCUGGACAGUAUUGCGCGGGUGAAAACAGUCAUAGUAUGGCCCAAGUACGCCAAAGAAAUCAAGGAACACAUGGCCAAGGUUCAAAGAUACAAGACAUCCUUAACCUUGAUGCUCAAUAUUCUGCAAUGCGAGACUCAGUUUGAGGCGUGGCAGUCUCAAAAACGCCUCGAGGCAUUGAUCGAAGGUGUUAUGCAAGAGAACAAAACACUGAGGCAUAUGAUGAAUGAAUCGCAAGACGCCUUUGAUGCUCAGAGCACCUUCACCAAGCGGCAAGAAGAUGACCGAUCGACAAUCUGGGCAAGAGACAACGAUGAAGACGACACCGAAACAAUCAGGGGGAGCAUCAGAGGACGCACCAGAGAAAGUAUUGGGAGCGGCAACCAGAACCACGCCUCUGAAAAAGGACAUCAGUCCAAGGUGCUGAGACUACCCUUUGAGAGAAUCCUCGAGCAGUCAUGGGUUUAUAAACGAAACCAGCGCAACUCGUGCGACUGCUCAUUCAUCAGCUCCGCAGAACGGUCCCAUACCUGGUCUGUUUUCUCAGGCUUCAGCUUGGCAGAUGUAUCUAUCCUGUCAGUCAUCGCCAUGCCUCUGACGACCAUGGAACUCGCGAAUGGGGAACACUAUCAAGUUGAAGCUCAGAACGAGGGCUUGACGUGGCCACCCGAGGACUUUGAUGAACAAAGUACAUUCAACUCACAGCCGAGCUCCGAAACACCCACCCUGCCGAACCUCGGGCCCGAAGAUGUGAGAUUGACAUGGAACAUGCUCUCCAAAGAAGAAGAAGAAGAACAAAGGGAUUGGAUGAGUGAAGCCAGUUUUGAGAUGGAGGAUGAGGAAACCUCUGAAAGGGCACACACUCCCUUAUCCAACUCGGACAGGCUGGACGAACGCGACAAGAUAAGAGAUUACAAGCUAGGAAGUGGUGUUAAGGACCAUGAUGACGAAUUAUGCCAAUGCACUGGCUGUCAAGGGCCGCUUGAGAAGACUGAAGCAUUUAGGCUGGGGGACUUUCAUUGGCAUGAAGCUUGCUUCCGCUGUAGUAUGUGCGGCUGCAUCAUGGAACAAGACGGCAAACUCAUGAUCCAGGAAGAUGGGACUAUUACCUGCAAUGACUGUUCGCAGUAUUGUGCGGAUUGUGGUAGCAAGAUCAAGGACCUGGCCGUUAUCCUUGGGUCUGGCACUGCUGUCUGCCCCUCAUGCUUCGUAUGUUUCGUCUGCAAGCAGCGAAUCAGAGAUCUGAAGUACGCCAGAAGCACCCGGGGCAGAGCUUGCAUGACUUGUCAUGAGGCGAUGACAGCGAAGAAAGCUCGGAGGAAGGCCAUGCUGCUACCGGCAGUUUAG